AUGAAUUCUAUCAGUUGGGCAUUGUUAGCCUUUCUCCUUUGUUCAUCUUUGGGUAUCGAAACCCUAACCCAAACAUGCCAUCCGGGUGAUUUGUUAGCUCUGAAGGACUUCGCCGGAAGUUUCAUUAACGCUUCCAUACUUUCAUCUUGGUCGAAUGAUUCCAUUUGCUGCCAUUGGGACGGCGUCGUUUGUGAGGAUGACGCCAAAAAUCUUUCAAAAACCCUAAACAGGGUCACCAUGCUGAGCUUGUCUGCAAAAGGUCUAAAGGGCGAAAUUCCCAAUUCUCUACCUCGUUUGGAAAAAUUAAGAUCUCUCGAUCUAUCGUUUAAUCAAUUACAAGGCGAAUUCCCCAAAAAUCUCUCCAAUUUGAUGGAUCUCGAAGUUCUAAACGUCUCAAGCAAUUCGUUAACCGGGGACCUGUUCGACAUUGGUAAAUUCCCACAUCUCAUAGCAUUAAAUCUCAGCAACAACUCUUUCGCCGGUGAAAUUUCUCCACAAAUUUGUACUUCCUCUACAAACCUUCAGAUUCUCGAUCUAUCAAUGAAUCAUUUCACCGGAAACCUAGAAGGCUUGAGCAACUGUCACAAAUCUCUUCGAGAACUGCUUGUGGAUUCCAAUUCGUUUUCCGGCGACCUCCCGGAGUUUAUAUACUCAAUGUCAUCCUUAAAGCUGCUACAUCUUUCUUCCAACAACUUCUCCGGUCAGAUAACCACAAAUCUCAAACAGCUGAACGCACAUUCGAAUUCCUUCUCAGGGCCAUUACCUUCUACCAUAGAAUCAUGUUCCAACUUACAGAUUCUCGAUCUCCGUAACAAUUCAUUUUCCGGCGACCUAAGUUUAAAUUUCUCAAAACUAUCCAACCUCUGCACUCUUGAUCUUGGUAGUAAUCGUUUUCAUGGUCUCUUACCAAUCUCACUUUCCAAUUGUCAUGAAUUGAGAAUCCUGAAUCUGGCCAAGAACGCAUUAUAUGGUGAAAUGCCGAUUCCAUACAUGAACCUUUCAAACCUCUCAUUCCUCUCAUUUUCAAACAACGGAAUCACCAAUUUACCUCGCGCUUUAUCUGUUCUACAACAAUGCAAGAAUCUCACCACUUUGAUUCUGACAAAAAACUUUCAAGGUGAAGAACUCCCACGAUUUGUAAAUGGGUUUGACAGAUUAAUGGUUCUUGCAAUUGCAAAUUGCGCCCUCAAAGGUCAAAUCCCACCAUGGUUAGUAAACUGUCCAAAACUUGAAGUUCUUGAUUUGUCAUGGAAUCAGUUGACUGGAGUCAUCCCUUCUUGGAUUGGUCAAAUGGAAAGACUCUUUUACUUGGAUUUUUCAAACAAUUCAUUAACCGGUGAACUUCCGAAAAGUUUAACAGAUUUAAAGAGUCUCGUGUCUUCAAACAUAAGUUCUUCAAUUCUCACCUCAUCAACCGGGAUUCCAUUAUAUGUGAAGAAGAAUCAAACUGGAAAAGGUCUUCAAUACAAUCAAGUUGCAAGCUUUCCUCCAUCAAUCUAUCUCAGCAACAAUAACAUAAACGGGACGAUUUUACCCCAAGUUGGAAGAUUAAAACAGCUUCAUGUAUUGGAUUUGAGCAAGAACAACUUAACCGGGACAAUUCCCGACACGAUUUCCGAAAUGGGAAACUUGGAAGUUCUUGAUUUGUCAUCAAACAAUCUUCAUGGAACAAUUCCAGCCUCUUUAAACAAGCUCACGUUUCUUUCAAUGUUCUGUGUAGCUUAUAAUCACUUAGAAGGUGCGAUUCCGACUGGAACCCAGUUUUCUGGUUUCCCAAAUUCAAGUUUCGAAGGGAAUCCCGGUCUCUGCGGGCAAGUCCUGUCUCCUUGUAGUGUAAACGGAAUUCCAUCCGUCAAUUCCGAUUCCGGUAGAAAACUCGGACGGAAUGGUAUCGUCGGAAUCACACUCGGAAUCGGAGCAGGAAUCGCAAUCGUGUUAGCAUUCAUUCUUCUCAAAAUGUCAAGAAAGAGACACGGCGAUUGGAUUCCGGAGUUGGAGGAGAAUAACAGUAGGAGGAAUGGAAAUGGAAUCUCGGGUGUGUUUGCAUCUUCGAAACUAGUUCUAUUCCCGAGUUUUAAUUGUAGAGAGCUCUCGGUUUCCGAUGUAGUGGAAUCAACGAAUAACUUCAGUCAAUCAAAUAUAAUCGGAUGCGGUGGAUUCGGGCUCGUGUACAAAGCCGACCUUCCAAACGGUUCAAAAGCCGCAAUCAAACGCCUUUCCGGCGAUUGCGGGCAAAUGGAACGCGAAUUCCAUUCCGAAGUCGAAGCCCUCUCAAGAGCCCAACACAAGAAUCUCGUAUCCCUAAAAGGGUAUUGCAAACACGGAAACGAUCGACUCCUGAUAUACUCCUACAUGGAAAACGGAAGCCUAGAUUAUUGGCUACACGAAAGGGUAGAACAGGAAUUACCAUUAAAAUGGCGAGUUAGGUUAAAGAUAGCAAAAGGGGCAGCAAAGGGAUUAUCAUAUCUCCAUAACGAUGUGAAAAUUAUCCAUCGGGAUAUUAAAACUAGCAAUAUCCUCUUGGAUGAAAAGUUUAAAGCCCAUUUAGCUGAUUUUGGAUUGUCGAGACUAUUAUGCCCUUAUGAUACUCAUGUGACGACUGAUUUGGUAGGGACAUUAGGGUACAUUCCACCUGAAUAUGGUCAGACACUUUCCGCGACUUUUAAGGGCGAUGUUUAUAGUUUUGGGGUUGUGCUUUUGGAACUUAUUACAGCGAGAAGACCCGUUGAAGUUGGAAAGGGGAAGAAUUGUAGGGAUCUUGUUUCGUGGGUGUUUCAGAUGAAACUUGAAGGGCGAUAUGGGGAGAUAUUUGAUGUGUCUGUAUGGGAUAAGAGCUGUGAGAAUCAGUUGUUGGAAGUUUUGGGGGUGGCUUGUAAGUGUCUGGAUCAAGAUCCAAGAAGGAGACCGGGUAUUGAGCAGGUUGUUUCAUGGCUUGAUGGGGUUGUAGAAACAAGGGCGUAA